UAUUAAUCGUAACUUACUUAUUGAACUGCAUAGAAGAGAAUCCUCCGUGUCGCUGUACACCUUCCCAAAAGUUCCCUGUACACACUGUUCUAGCCAUCAAGUCGGAUGACUGGGACAGAACAGACGAACGUGUACUUAUCAUGCGGCACUGAAUUCCUCUUCUACACCAAUAUUAUACAUGCUCAUAUUUCUACACAUACAGUACACUGUAAACACACAAUUUAGUGACAGUUUGUUCUGUAUGUUUUGAGCUUUUUUGCAUCAAGAUUCGUACGACAAUUAAGAAAAUAAAAUUAUAAUUGGAUCAAUUCAUACGAGUAAUGGUUUUACGCAUGGGUUUGUCUGCUAUUUGUCAGCAUCGACUUAUUCUACGCUAGCUUGGCUGGAUUAACUGAAGUUCCUACGCUGCAAGCUAUUGCCCAUCAGUAAUGGACUGUACACCGUUAAUAAUGCCGCGGUUUCAGCCGCUCUUGGCGGAUGUCAACCAGAUCAGCUACCAGAACACGGUGGCGGUCCACAAUGUUGACGACAGUUGGUGGCUAGGGUACAUCCAGGACAUGAACGGCGAUCAGGCCUUCAUCCACUUUGACGCCAAAAAGGUCACGGCCCGUUGGGUGCACAUGGGGCGCGUCUGGGCGCUUCCGUUCUAUAUAAACACCGGCUCAGUUCCGGAGCCGAAGAAUUUCAUCGUUUAUGCGGCACUGCGUGACGAAGACGACGGACCGUUUCGCUUCCGGCCGGUCACGAAGCUGGGCUGCCUAAGUGGAUGCGAGAAGUGUGAGGUGUUCUAUAUCAAAACCGACAGAGCCAGCAGCAUCGGUCAACCAGACAGCCCUGGUUGUGAGAUGGCUGAUAACUGUCAAAUUACCGUACGGCUGCCGCCCGAUGGUUCCCCUUUACUGCAUCACUCGGGCAAGGGUCUGCAGUGCACCAAGUACCUGGUGCCGUUUUCCCUUUCCCGAGCUCAGACGCUUCUCAGUGACGCCUCUGACAAAUUUCGUCUCGUCAGGCAUUUUCGGCGUGCAUUUAAACGGAUUUGGAGAUCCCAGCUGUACCGGCACUACCUGUUGGACUGUUGUCGCUUUCACUUGCGAACUGAACGGGAUGCCUGUAUCUUUGUUGUCAUGACCCCCGAGAUGGACGCGCAGAUGGCACAGACUACGGGGGAAAUGAUAACCCAAGUCCUGAAGGAACACCUAGCCAGCCGGGUCCACCUGCCAGCGAUUGGUCAAAAGGGACGUAUAGUUCAGCGCAGCCUACACGAAACAGAUGCGGAACCCGACACGUGCUCCGCAGCUAGUCAUCUGUGCCAUUUGCCGCCGUGGCUCUUCAGCCAGAUAUUUCUCUACAUGGACCUGCAUUCACAAAUGCGGGCGAAGCGGGUGUGUGCGUUGUGGCGGCUACUGCUAAGUAGUCCCAGUCUAACUAAGCACAUCAGCAUCUCGUUAGGAAGCUGUGCCGGAAUUCAGUGCGACAACAACAACUGUUUCCGCCUGUUAUCGCUCUUGAGCCGCACCAUCACCACCACCACCGAAAGCCUUACCGCACUGGAAGCUUCUCGUCUACACAAUACGUUCUUUUUAUCGGAAGUGCUGUUUGCCAUGAAGAUUACGUUGCCGUUAAUUGUUUUCAAAGACUAUGAGAUCAUGGGUCUCGGCACAGUGGGCUGGACGAGAGAGGAAGAGUUUCAGCAUCCUGCAGUUGUAAUGGUGAGAUAUCAUAAAGAGAACUGCAAGUUCAUCCUGCUCCUCAACUGGUCAUCGGACCAUCUUUUUGGUGGAGCAGUGUACUUCGUAUUUAAAGAAGACUCUUACAAUGCCGAAAGAACGUUCUUACCAGCGCACGAGCAGGCCUUCAUGCAGGAUCUUACGGAGGAGUCGGCGUAUGAACUGCCCAUCGACCAACUGCGCAUCACCAUUCCGCGGUUGCUGCUGCGCUGCGACGACGACAAAAUGCACAUAGCCAGCCGCUUCAUGUACGCUUUGAACGACAACUUUCCAGCGGUCACGGAAGAAAUGCUAGCAAAGGUCACGGCGGUGUAUGCUCGCUGGGUGCGCACCUUGGACUAUCCCGGGGACUGGCAGCCCAUUCGCAGUUAUCUCUUAAUGUUCAGUCCUUUUGAACCCGACGGUCGACCGAAAACUUGGGCCAAGGUCGACAUGCGACUGGUGGAUGUCAGAAUAUUAAGCAGGAUGGCCAUUUACGGAAUCGACGCACUAUUCCGUAUAUGACAGUGUUCACUGUGGGGAACUCUCGCCUUCUACGGGAUAGACAUCUUUAUGCGUACAUACGGAGUGUAAGUGAUCAGGAAUACGGUGUAGAAAGAAAAAAUACCGUUAGGUUUACUGAUUAAUUAGAAUCUGCUAGCCUGCCGGUUUUCUCUUGUUUGUCCGCUUCCCGGCGUUCCCGCUUUUUCAUAGUUAACUGCUGUCUUUGUAUAUAGUUUUUUUGCUUUGACGUAUCAAGGCUAACGUUUAAUUGGCUGGAGCCCUGAAAAACUGCCAGCGUCAGUAGGCCAAAUCAACAGUUAAGGUCACAUGAAAAAUCGGUCCCACUUCGCGCGAGUGGCAACAAGAACCAGUUCUGGGAAAUCUUGGGAAAUCUCUAAGCUGAAACGUUGAAUGCGCUUAUUGCCUUACUUUAUCAUCGGUCCACUGGUUGUUGACGUUGUAAAGGAAGAACAGAAUCCUAAUUCCCGUACAUUUCGUCGACAUCGCAUGGUGUUACCGUUACGAGCUGUUUCGACAGUCGCCCAGGAUGGCAUGCGCGGUUGAAACUGCCAUUGACUGCAAAUUUUUUUUGCAAGACGAAUUUUUCCCGAUUAACACGAGAUGAGACUGUAUUUUUUCGGUAUUUGAAAUUUUUUUAAAAAUUAAUUUAAAUUCAUUAGAUUUUUCAUUUCGGUAAAGUUUUGGUUUCAGCUGUUAACGAUUAUAAUUCACAAUAAUUAUUGAUACAAUGGUAAUUUAUUCUUUCGAAUUUCGAUGAAAAUUGUAGUAGGCUUUUGACGUACAGGGUGCCGCGCCAAGUUUGGGCAGUAGCGUAAAUCAAAUUUUAAAAUAUUUCUGUACUUCGGUUUAUUUUUCGUUUUGCACAUUUCUUGUGUAACUUUUCAUUUCGGAUCAGAAUAUAUUAAAAGCUAAAAUGUUAAAAGUGGCAAUAAUUUGCCAUUCGGCUAAAACCUGGAUGGGGUAGUAGUCACUUUUAUACAGCUUAUAACUGGCCUUCCAGAAAAUCUUCCAUCCAUGGACAGUUUUAUAAACUGUUGAGUGGCCUGAGACUGAGAGGUAUGUGGUAUGGGUCAGCGAAAACUUUUGCGUGCUUGAUAUUCGAGGUGACCCCCAAAAAAUGUGCAGCUCCCAUAGACUUGUAUGUUAAAUAGUGCUCCCGGAAGAAUGCGGUUGCCUAGCGCGCAGAGCUAAGCGACUUCGAGAUAAUGUUUUCGAUGAAUGAAACAUGCAUUAAAGUCGAGGGGUUUUGUGUUUUUUCUGGUAUCUACUAAGCAGGCGGUAAGAUAGAGCUGGCGGCAAACUCAAAGAAAAAGCCGACAAAGCGAGGGUCAAAAAAGUUUUCCUUGGUGCUAAAAGGUUUUGUAACGAGAUGUGGGGGGCUUUUUGUCUAAAAAUGACAAUCGACAGUUGUCUCCCAAUGCUUACCGAGCAAUAUUUUACUUAUCAUGGGCACAUCCGACCUUCCGCGAUUGCUGCGCAAGCUUGCAAAGGGCACCAUCCUUCAUUUUGUCAGUGCCUCCAGUAAUAUUGCAAAGGUCGCGUAGCCUUUAUUGAAAUAAAGCGGUGUCAGACGUAUUUAGCAAGAGCUUUGCUUUGAAUGGCAAACAGCCCAGCAUAAUUAGUUUUGAGAUUUAGGAUUAGUGGAAUUUCUUGACAAAAUCAGAGUGGGUGGAAGGAAAGAAUGGUUGACGGGUCUAACCGCAUUUUUAACCUGGUCUGCUUUAAUUUAAGUCUUGCUCUAAUGCAAUCCACGCCCUCAGCGUCGUUACUCGUAGUGAAAAAGAUGCUGCAGACACACGGUGACUAUAAAAUAAUCGAAUAAGUAGUAAAUUACUGGUGGGUGACCUAUAGCGAUUUUUAAGAAAAACUGCCCAAACUUGGCGCGGCACCCCUGUAGAAGCAUUUGUACUCGUAUAUUCCUGUCGUGUUGUUUUUAAUUUAAGUGAUUACUAUAUACAAGUUGUUACAUAAUUUAACUUUCUCCUUUUUUCUUUAUUCGGAAUUUUAUAUUGAAUGGCUUCGAAACUGUGCGUAUGUCCAGUGCGCAAAUGUCCAGUGCGCGUAUGUCCAGUGCGUAUGUCCUUUGGACUACUUGCGCAAUACCGAAAGAAGCAUUUAAGGCUCAAUAACAUUCUCAAAAGCUGCAAUAAAUUUAGGUUUUUGGCCAAAUUAACAUUAACGGCAGUUUACCACAAUAAUU